AUGCCUUUCUCUCCUGCUCCGCUGUGCUGCCCUUCUCUGCUCGUAUCACCAACCGCUGCGCCUGGAGAGAGGGAGGGGAGAACGCAUGGAGAGACAGAAAAUUACAUGGGGAUAGAGGGGAAGUGGGAGGAGGAGGAGGAGGAGGAGGAGGAGGAGGAGGAGGAGGAGGAGGAGGAGGAGGAGGAGGAGGAGGAGGAGAAGGAGGAGGAGGAGGAUUGUAGGGCUACUUCCGGCGGCACUGCUGUGGAAGCAGUGGCAUCACCAGGGGCGCCAGCCGCAUCACCAAUGCUGCUGGCAGCAGAUUGGGCGUUGGGUCAGCCGAUAGCCUUUCUGGGUGAGGUGAGCACACAGGAGGUCAGGACGCCUGGGUGA